GGUGGAGGGUUUUAUAGUCCAAGGGUUAAUAACCCAAAUUUACCGAAUAGAAAAAUUAACUGGACAGAUUUCAACGCAAGAAAUAAUGUAUCACAAACAAGAGAGCCGCUUCGUUCAGGUUUCAUGUCAAAAAGAUUGGAUAGUAGUGAUGAAUUUCGUGGUAAAAGUGGUGUUUAUGGACAUCAACUUGAUAAACCAAGACUAGAUGUUGAUAGAAACCAUUUCCAUCCAGGACAAGCGAAUACGAAUGAAGGAUAUAAGAAUACAAAUAUGAACUUUAGCUGUGAUAUGAGCCAGGCUUACAGUACGCAGAUGAAUCCUUCGUAUCUAAAUGCAAAUAGUACAUCACAUCUCACCUCUUCACAUGGACAAGAUAGUUCACAGGGACAUCGACAAAGCCAAGGCUUACCUCCUUACAAUAAUUCCCUCCACAUGCCUCCUACUCAGAAUAUCCCACCGUUUGCAGGAAUGAUGCCUCCAGGGACUUGUAAUCCUAUGCAGCCAAACUCCUUCCCAAAUGCUUCCUCAAGUUAUGCACAAAACCAAAUGGCAAACCAAAUGUAUUCUGAUAGACAAUUUAGGGACCCAGGUAUGCAAUACCCUCCACAAAUGUAUGACACACAUGGUAACAUGUAUAUGCCACCACCACCGCUGUUACCACCAACAUUACCUCAAGCAAGCUACGGCAGUUAUCCAGGUUUGAUGCCGACGCAAAGUGGUAUUGUGGUACCACCUAACCAAGAAGUAAAAGAACAGGACGAUGUCUCUAAAUCUGAAGUCCAAAAAUGGGUUCAUAAUUUUGCAGAAGAAAGAGGAUAUACUAAUAAAGACAUAAAAAAGGAACUCAAGAUAAAGGUGGGUGAAACUAGAGAUAUCCUUCAGAGAUGGUUACAACUACUGGAUGAACUUACGUCACAGCGAGACAAGCUCAUGGAUUUGAUUAAAUGUGGUGAAUCUGAAUGGCAGAGAGAAAUACAGCAAUUAAAUAUUCUUAAAGAAAAACUCAUUAACACACAAAAAGAGUUUUCUCAAGUUGAUAUAGACAACCUUAAUGCUGAACUUCAAAAGAAAAGGAAAAAAAGAAAAUGGCAAACUAAACAAAAGCAGGUUUUGGCCCAAGAAAAAUUGGAUUCAGAAAAAAAGAAGUUUGAAUUGCAUCUUAGGAUUGAUCAUUGGCGUGAUAAUGAGAUAGCAAAGGACCAAGCAAAAAAUAAGGCUGCAUCAAUGAAACAAGAGGCAGGAGGACUGCUUGGAGAAAUUAGAAGAAAACAAACUGAUUCAAGCAAAUCACUGAAUUUAUUACUGGCUCUCACAAAGCUUAGAAAUUUUAGGAAGCAAGAAGGAGAACUCAAAGGUGUUUAUCCAAAACCAGUGGCUGAGCAAAACAAAUACUUCAAUGAAAAAAUUGCAUUCUUGGAGAAAAUCAUGAAAAAACACCAUGAAUUAUAUGAAUCAGAGGAGAAAACACUAGUUGUCAUGCUGGCAGAGGAAGAGGAGGAAAAAGAAAAGGAGAGAAGGGAAAAGAAGCAAAGAAAACAGCUGGCACAAGCUGCAUCAUCAGACUCUAGCGAUCCCAUGAGAGAUUUCUACAGAUACUAUACUCAGGCAGAUAAUGGAUUGGAUUCUCUUGUUCACAUCAGACAUGGUUGGGAUAUGUAUAUUGUUCCUGAUUCAAUACCAGGAGCUAGCUGUAUUCCACAGAGCUCUAUCUCUGCCGUAGAACCUUGUUCAGAUCAUUGGGCUAGCAUGGUCAUGGAUAAAGGCUGAUAUCAUUUAAAUAAAUCAAUGCUUUUUGUAUACAAUGUGAAUAAAUAAAAUAAAUUUUGAAUUUGAA